UAAUUAAUAAAAUGUUAACUACUUCUGAUUCUGUAAAUUAUUUAAGUAAUAAACAAAUAGUAGAUUCAGUAUUAACCGUAAUGUUAGAAAAUGAAAAUAAGGAAGUUAUAAUUCAAGAAGGAACAAAGGUUAUGGAAAAACUAGCAACAGAAAGUGACUGCCAAAGGCAUAUAACGAAUUUAGAAAUAAUUAUUAAUUCCUCUGAAACUAAUCAAGAAGAAGCAUAUAAAACAUUAGCUGCUAUUUCAGGUUUAUCAAGAAUAGAAUCAUUAAAAAAUAUAUUAGAAUCUAAAGGAGCAGAUACCUCAAUUUUUAAUGGUAUUAAAAUAUGGAUUGAAUCUCCUAGAUUUAUUGAACAAACUAAAUUAAUUAAAGCAGGUUUAAAAACUAUUAAAACAUUAAAAUUAAACGCAUCAGCUACAUUACAUGAUGUUUUAGGAUCCAUUGUUGAUUUAAUGUGUCUUUCUCAAGUAAAAAGAAUAGCAGAAUCUGAUGAACCUGAUGAAAAUAUAUUGAUUACAUCUAGUGAAUGUAUUAAUUAUUUAACUGAAGUAAACAAAAUAAAUAAUGCCGAAAUUGUGGAAGCAAGUUUAGAAAAUAUAUUUAAAUUAAUGAAAAAAUAUUCUGAAUCUCGUUUAACCCAAAUUAAUUUGAUAUCAGCUAUGAAUAAUAUACUAUUAAGUAGUAACAAAAUUGGUGUAGAUAUAUUAAUUAAUAAAGGAUAUAUAAAACAUAUUAUUACAUAUCUUCAGAAAGUUCCUAU